AUGGUGGUUGACCUGGAUUUUGAUAAACCCUUGGGGUUGUGGGAUGGCCACGUUAUGAGGCUACAUAGCGUAACCGUGGAAAGGAAAACCAGCAAGGUACGGCUGAGGGAAGGGAGCAGCAACGUUGUGAGUGUAAGGCCCAGGGGGUACAGGGCGACCAUAGGGAUUCAAUGGUCAUUGUGCAUAGCGACUGGCUGGCUUCGAACUGGUUGUGGACGAUGGUAUUUGUGUCUGACUGAUAGUGCCAUUGGCUGCACCCUCAACUCAGUGUUAUUUGAACUUUUUUUAUCCAGCACAUUAAACCCUAUGGAAGGUUCAAAUGAUAGGAAUUGGAUGUACACCCGCAUAGAUGAGUCAAGGUCAAUCACUAUACAAUUUCAACAGGGAAUUGAGAGGUUCAUAAGCUUCGCUCUAGAACAUAAAAGAAUCUCAGCACAUAAGUUGCGGUGUCCUUGUAGAAAGUGCAAGUGUAAGGAAUUCCAUAAUCCGGACACGUUGAGGGUGCAUCUGUGUAAGUACGGCUUUAUGCCUGAUUACUAUUGCUGGACGAGUCAUGGAGAAAGUCAUUCGAAGCAUCCCCCAUUGGUUGAUAGGCAUUCUUAUUAUGGCAGUAGCGGACAACGACAUAACUACGACCAUUAUGAGCAGUUGGUCAUGGAUGCUGCAGGUCCAAAUUUAGGGGCACACCUAGAGGUUUACACAGAGGAAAAUCAACCUUUGAUGGCUGAAGAUCCUAAUCCCGAGGCUUCACAAUUUUUCAAUAUGCUUCAAGCUUCCCAACGUCCACUGUGGGAUGGCUGUGAGACACACACUACCCUAUCUGCUUGUCUAACAGCCCUAAGCUUAAAAACAGAUUAUCGGAUGACAGAGGGGUGCUUUAAUCAAUGGAUGAAGUUUGUUGGAGAUGUUUUGCCGCCAGGCCAUUCCAUGCCAAAGGAUUUCUACAACGCCAAAAAAUCGGUGAAGAACCUCGGCCUUGGAGGAGAGAAGAUACACUGCUGCCGUAAUGGGUGCAUGUUGUUUUAUAAAGAAUAUGCACAACUCAAUACAUGCAAAUUUUGUAAAGAAGAUCGGUAUACAGAUGUGAUGAAAGAUGGAAAGGUUAAAGCAAAACCAUUGAAGAAGAUGUGGUAUUUUCCUCUAGUACCUAGGCUUCAAAGAUUGUACUCUUCAGAGCAGACAGCUAGUCAAAUGAGAUGGCAUCGAGAGCAUGAGAGAAAUAUUAAUUCCUUGACCCAUCCAUCAGAUGCUGAAGCGUGGUUGCACUUUGAUGAAAAAAAUAAUGAUUUUGCCCAGGAUCCCCGUAAUGUGCGCAUUGGUUUAUGUUCAGACGGGUUUGCUCCUUUUGAGAUGACUGGGAGGACAUAUUCUUGUUGGCCAGUUAUUAUUACUCCAUAUAAUCUACCACCAUGGAUGUGCAUGAGAAGAGAGUUCUUGUUCUUAUCAUGUAUUAUCCCUGGGCCUUCAAACCCAAAGCGCAACAUUGAUGUUUAUCUAAGACCCCUGAUAGAUGAAUUAAAAAUGUUAUGGACUUGUGGGGUCCUAACAUAUGAUGUUUCUUUAAAGCAGAAUUUAAUUAUGAGGGCUGCGUUGAUGUGGACAAUUAAUGACUUUCCCGCAUAUGGUAUGUUGUCCGGAUGGCAGACGAUGGGGAAACUUGCUUGUCCGAUUUGUAUGGAUAAAUGUAAAGGGUUCAGUUUGCAACACAGUCAUAAAGUAUCAUGGUUUGAUUGUCAUCGUCAAUUCUUGCCAUUAAGUCACCCAUACAGGAAAAACAAGCAUGCAUUCACAAAGGGCAGGGUUGAAACAUCAAAUAUACCAAUAAGACUUAGCGGUGAAGAAGUAUGGCAAAGAGUUAGAAACUUAAUGAGUGCGGAGGAAAAUGCAAACUUUGUUCCCGAUGAAGAAUAUGGACAAUCCCAUCAUAUGACAAAGCGAAGUAUAUUUUGGGAGUUGCCGUAUUGGAAAGAUCAGUUAUUGAGACAUAAUCUUGAUGUCAUGCACAUUGAGAGAAAUGUCUUUCUUAAUAUAUUGUACACAAUGAUGGAUACAAAGGGCAAGACGAAGGACACUUAUAAUGCAAGAAAGGAUCUUGAAAAUCACUGCAACCGAUCUGUUCUCCAUUUAUUGGUCCAACCAAAUGGAAGGGUAAGUAAACCCAAGGCUCAAUACACAUUAAACAAAGAACAAAAAACUGAGUUAUUACAGUGGAUCAAGGACCUUAAAUUCCCAGAUGGAUAUGCUUCAAAGAUGUCUAGAUGUGUUGAUAUGAGAGAGGCUAAAUUGUUUGGCAUGAAGAGUCACGAUUGCCAUGUUUUCUUCCAGAGAUUGCUACCAUGGGCCUUCAAGGCCUUACCCAAGCAUAUUUGGAAUGCACUUAUUGAGUUAGGUGUAUAUUUUCGAGACAUAUGUGCAUCUGAAUUGAGUGUUACCAAAUUGCAAGAGAUGGAGGUGAGUGUACCAAUAAUGCUAUGCAAGUUGGAGAUGUUUUUCCCACCUAGUUUCUUUGACUCAAUGGAGCACUUGCCCAUACAUCUGGCAUACGAAGUAAGAGUAGGUGGUCCGGUUCAAUAUCGAUGGAUGUAUCCAUUUGAAAGAUUUAUUCGGACCACAAAGCAAAAGAUUGGGAAUACAAAUCAUGUUGAAGGCUCGAUUGCUGAGAAGUAUCUGCUUGAGGAGAUGUCUACAUUUGCAUCUUAUUAUUAUCCACCAGAGUUCCUGACGAGAAGGACACGAGUCCCUCGAAAUGAUCAUGGUUGUGGCACUACUGAAGGUGCCUGCAUACAAAAAUCAAUUUUCAAUUAUCCUGGACGCUCCAUCGGAAGGAAAUCACAAACAACUCUUAACUCCAUUGAUAGGAAGACAGCAAUAUUAUAUACUCUUCUAAACUGCAGCGAAGUUGUUCCAUACUUAGAGAUGUUCUACAACUUAGAACGACAGCAAAACCCUCUGAUAACAGAUACACAGCUUGACCAUAAAACAACUACAGAGUUUCCAGACUGGUUUUCUAGAAAGAUCAAACUCAAUUGCAAUGCUCUUCAAGAUGUUGUGUGGAGUUUAGCUUGGGGGCCAAGCCAGAUGGUCACCCGUUAUCCAAAGUAUAUAAUAAAUGGCUACAAGUUUGCCACGAAAUCAUCAAAUCAAGGGAUGGCUACAACAAAUUAUGGAGUUUGUGUUCGAGGAUCCCAGUUGGAAAGUUUAGAAGUUGAUUACUAUGGGGUAUUAAUAGAUAUUAUUCAGCUGGACUACCUUGGGCAGGGCCACACAAAGUUACUUCUUUUUAAAUGUGAAUGGUUUGAUCCUAGCCCUCAAGGCACACGUAAAGAUCGGUAUGGCAAUGUUGAAGUGAACAAGUCCAGAAAAUAUAACAGAUAUGACCCAUUUAUAUUUGCUCAACAAGCCGAACAAGUUUAUUACACAACUUAUCCUGGUCGUCAACAAGAAUGGAUAGGGGUUAUCAAGACCAAAGCACGGAACAUUAUCCCGGUGACAAGGGUUAAAGAAACUCAGAGCAUUGAUGAACCUUACCAAGAAGAUGCCAUUGUGGAUGUGCAUGUUCACAUCGCCGAUGAUGACAUACAUCAAAAUCUUGUUGACACUAUGACUGAAUUGGAGACAAUCCCGAUACAUUUGGUAGAUAAUGAUGAAACGGAGGAAGAUGAACAAGAAAUAUUAUCAUCGCCUGAGUCGGAACUUGACGAUUAUGAAACUGAUGAGGAGAAUAUAUAA